AUUUUUUAUAGUUUCUGCAGUGAGAAGCUGUCAUUUUAAUUCUAGUUUCUGCAGUUACAUAUGAGAUUAUUUAAAUAUAAUGCAAAUUUGUAAGUUUCAGAAAGGUGGAUUGAAGAUCUAUAUCAACACUGAAAAUCUUUUAUAGGCUUUAGUGAAGAUGGUGAAAUUUGAUGUUUGAUGCUGUGAAAAUGGACAACUCUGACUCCGUGUCAUGGCUUCUGUGCAAGGAAGAUAUAGAUCGGGAUGAUGAGGUCACAAGUUCGAGCUUACCCGAGGACGAGGUGAUUGCCAGAUUGCCAGACUUUCCUGUUGAAGACGAGGAGAUGAUAUCUUUACUAGUGCAGAAGGAGAAAGAGCAUCUUCCCCGGGAAGACUACAUUGAGCGUUAUCUAAACCUCAAUUUAGAUCUCGCGGCUCGUCAAGAAGCAAUCAGCUGGAUGCACAAGAUUCAAGCGCAUAAUAAUCUCAGACCGCUUACAACAUACUUAUCAGUAAAUUACCUGGAUCGCUUCCUGUCAAGCUAUCAAUCGCAGCAAGGUGCAGGUUAUUCUUUACAAUUAUUACUGGUGGCGUGCUUGUCACUCGCAGCUAAAAUGGAGGAUAAAACUCGGUCCGUUAUUGAUUUCCAGGUUGGAGGCGCAAAUCUUGAUAUCCGCGCUGGAGCAUUAUAUGAAAUGGAAGUCAAAAUCCUGACAACAUUAAAAUGGAGAUUAUUUUCUAUUACACCUUUUAACUUCAUUCAUUACCUUUUUUUCAAACUCAGAGGCACCAACACAGUGCCUCAAGAAUUGAUAUCUCGAACAAUCGUCUUCAUUAUUAAUACUAACAGAGAGCUUAAUUUCUCGGUUGAUUCGCCAUCCUCAAUUGCUGCGGCAGCAGUUAUGUGUGCUUGUGAGGAGGUUUUACAAGCAGAAUCAGCAGAUCACAAAGAAGUCAUACUAUCUUGCAAAGUAUUCAACAAAGAGGAAAUCAUGAAGUGCUACAAUUUAAUGCACCUGCUUGUGAGAGACUUUUGGUCCAAUCCAAAUAAGAUUUCAAGUGACACGUCUCACAGUCCAAUCGCAGUAGAGGAAGCUGUGGAAACCAGUCAAAACACAAAUUCUUCUAAAAGGAGAAAGAUCUCUGAAACAUUGUGCCCGGAAGCGGAUCAACCGUGAAAAACACACCGGAGAGCAGGAGGGUUUUGGAUGUGCUGUAUUGUUGAGAUAAACACUCGCACAAGAAAUUGCUGAUUAUAUAAUUGUCAUUCCACAUUUUUCAUGGCAUCCUGAUGCCAAAAUGAUGCAAUUGAGUAAAGCAUGAUGCCAAAAUGAUGCAAUUGAGUAAAGCAUGUAUAAAGGCAAAAAUAGAAUCUCUUUAUUUGAUGUUCUUGGAUUUGGUGUAUUGUUGAGAUAAACGCUUCACAAGAAAUUGCUGAUUAUAUAAUUGUCAUUCCACAUUUUUCAUGGCAUCCUGAUGCCAAAAUUGAUGCAAUUACUCUGAUGCAAUUGAGUAAAGCAUGUAUAAAGACAAAAAUAGAAUCUCUUUAUUUCUUUUAGAUUAAAUGAUGUUCUGGAUAAGAAUAUUUGAAAGAGAGAUUGUAUUA